AUGGUUCAUAUCAUACAGAUGAUAUUGGAUCAAAAUGCCUAUGAAUGUUAUCCUUCUCUAUUGCAAUUCGUGAAAUGGAACAGUUGCAGUACAAAAAGAUUUUUCGAGCAGAUGCUUACCAAAGGAGGUGUAGGUUUGUUAGUAGUUCAAAAGAAGAUGAAGAAGAAUUAUGGUAAAAGUAUUGAGAAAAGAUUUAAAUUAGUUAGUUCAUCAGAUAGUUAUGAAAACAAACGUAUCGUUCUGAUCGUAGUAGAAAGAAAAGAAAAGAAAAAAAGAAAGAAAGAAAGAAAGAAAGAAGAAAGAAGCUUUA